AUGGAACUGGAUCACAACCAGAAUAAGCAAGCCAGCGUUACAGAUGGAACUGCAUUGCAACCAAAAUCAGCCAAUACAUUGGAUAGAUCAGGGCUGGAUCGAAAUCAAAAUAAUGCGGUGCUAGUGUACAAAUGGAACUGGAUCAGUUCAUCCAGUUGUGAUCCAGUUCACAACCAGAAUAAGCAAGCUAGCGUUACAGAUGGAACUGCAUCGCAACCAAAAUCAGCCAAUGUAUUGGAUAGAUCAGGGCUGGAUCGAAAUCAAAAUAAUGCGGUGCUAGUGUACAAGUUGGAACUAGAAUUAGAAAUUGCCAUAUAA